AUGGCUGAAUCUCAUAGAUUGUACGUCAAGGGUAAGCACUUGUCCUAUCAAAGAUCCAAAAGUGUUAACAACCCAAAUGUGUCUUUGAUCAAGAUCGAGGGUGUUGCCAACCCAGAAGAUGCCAAGUUCUAUCUAGGUAAGAGGGUCGCUUACGUCUACAGAUGCUCCAAGGAGGUUAGAGGCUCCAAGAUUAGAGUUAUUUGGGGAAAGAUCGCCAGAACUCACGGUAACUCUGGUGUUGUCAGAGCCAAGUUCAGAUCCAACUUGCCAGCCAAGACUUUUGGUGCUUCUGUUAGAAUUUUCUUGUACCCAUCUAACAUCUAA